CCUCCUCGGGCGGCCGUCGGGCCGGUUCCUGCUCUCGCUGCCGGCGCCGCCGGGGCUGUGGCCGCGUCCCGGGGGUGCCGAGGGAGAGGCGCGCGGGGCUGGAGGGGACGGGGUCCGGGCCACGCCAGGUGACACUCUCAUAGUGGAAGAGGACACCUCCAAACCCGAGCCCGGCUCGCCGGUGGUCGCCAAAAAAGCCAUGUCCCAGCCCGUGAGGGAAGCCGUGCCUGUGCUGGCCAGGAGGGUGGUGCCAGCAGACAAUUCCUGCCUGUUCACCAGCGUGUUCUACGUGGUGGAGGGCGGCGUGUACGACCCGGGCUGCGCCCCGGAGAUGCGCAACCUCAUCGCCCAGAUCGUGGCCAGCGACCCCGAGUCGUACUGCGAGGCCGUGCUGGGCAAGACCAACCGGGAGUACUGCGACUGGAUCCGCAGGGAGGAGACCUGGGGCGGGGCCAUCGAGGUGUCCAUCCUCUCCAAGUUCUACCAGUGCGAGAUCUGCGUGGUGGACACGCAGACCGUGCGCAUCGACCGCUUCGGCGAGGACGCGGGCUACAGCCGGCGCGUGCUGCUCAUCUACGACGGCAUCCACUACGACCCGCUGGAGCGCCGCCUGCCCGGCUCCGACCUCCCUCCCCAGACCAUCUUCCCCAGCAGCGACGACGUGGUGCUGGCGCAGGCGCUGGAGCUGGCGGACGAGGCGCGCAGGAAGAGGCAGUUCACGGACGUGAACCGCUUCGCCCUGCGCUGCAUGGUGUGCCAGAAGGGACUGACGGGGCAGCUGGAGGCCAGGGAGCACGCCAGGGAGACUGGGCACACCAACUUCGGGGAGGUGUGAGCUCGGCCUGAGGAGGAGGAGGGUGCCAUCGACUACCUCAGCGCUCCGGAAUCAGAUUCUGGGGUCCCAGAUAAGCUGUUUGUAAUGAUAAAAUUCCGUUCGCAGAGCUUGAAAAGCGAAUUUAGCUUCGUGGUGGCCAACGCGCAGGUUUGGGAGUAGGGGAUGGGGAGUAGGGAUGGCACUCGGGCUGGUGGUGGACAGUGGCAGCCACACCUUGAUUGCAUCACCUUCUGUGUGUGUGUGAGUGAUCUGAGCAGACACACAGCCAGGCUCGUCCAACACUGGUGUGAAAUCCACCUCUGAGGUGCUGAGUGUUCAUUUUCAGGGUAACUCAAUGAAUCUGAGGCUUUGGGAAACACACACACAUCAUCUCUUACACUGAGAACUGGGCUCUGCACGUAUGUGCAGCUCUCAGAGGGGAAACUGCUCGUGUGGUGCAUGAUUGGUAAGGGAAAUACCAAGUACAAAGUCAAAAUACAGUUUGUAGUGGAAAGAGGAUCUCUGAGCUGCCCUGCACCAUCAGGAAUAGACUGUGUAGUUUGUGUGCAGAGAACUUUAGGGAAAGCAAUGGCCUCUAAGCUUUAAGGUAGCCUUUAAAUUAAUGAGUAGAUGGAUAAGUGUUGAAUAAAACUUAUUAAUCCUCCGUAGGUAGUUUUUAGUUGCUUGAAAAAUAACUCUGAACCCCCUGGUGUUUACACUGCAUCAGAGCAUAAGCAUGCUUCCUGGAAUACUUGGGAUUCUUCUUCAUAAUAGCAUUGGAAAUUCCUGCAAGAGGGAAGUGAGUAGUUAGGGAAGUGACUUAAUUUGCAUCUGUUAAAUACUUUGAAUAUUUUACUUGAGCAGAGCCAAUCAUGGCCAUGGUGUUACUAAGCUGUUCCAGUUUCCAAAUACUGUGAAUAAGCACUUUAAGGUUGAGUUCUCACUCUUUGCUGGUAAAAUGUUUUGCCCUCUGAAGGCCAGAGCCAGAAGGGAGGCUUGAAAUUCCAUCUGCUUUCUGCCUUAAUGUGUUUGAUUUGUCACCACUGACUGUGGAGUAGCAAGACUUUCAUUGUGAUAAUGAAAUAUCACAGCUGAAUAUUCAGAUGAAAAUAAGCUGGGGAAAGUGCCCCACUCCUUGGACUGUUCAGAAUCAGGGAAGGAUGAAAUUGGUUUAAUUGGAAUAUUUUACCUCACAGUGGGGUUGUGAAGCUUAACAGCAAGUGCUUUUGAGGGCUUUUAAAAGGUGCUGUAAAGGUGCAUAUUACUGAAGGGGAUUUAUGUUAUUUUUUUUUCUUUGAAAUGCCUGCAACAUAUCCUUGUUUCUUGAAUUUUAAAAUAUCCUUUGCCUGCCAUUCUUCUGUUACUGUUUGGAGUGACCUUCCUUGCACUUUUAGACUGGGGAACAAGAAGGGGCAUCCUCAGACUGAGGCAGAAAUGAACCCACUUUGCACGUGGGUUUAACCUAAAACCCAGUUUGGAAGGGCUCUGUUCCCUCAGGCACCUGAGCAAACUGGUGCAGCAACACCACCUGUUCUGCAAAAAUCAUAUUUCCAGUUCUCAGCAGAGGCUCCCAGUUGGACCUUGAAAUACAGGAGGGUUUUACUGAAGAAAGAACAUAAUUACUUAAGUGCUUUGCUGAAUUAAGGCAUGAAUAAUUAAACAGCCUAGGAUCACCCAGAGCACUGUGGACCUGGGUUUGUUUUUAAUUCAGUAUUAAAACACACAUUAGCACUGUUGGGUGUUCCCUAUAGAAAGCCACUUAGCUUCCAGUGUUAAACCCCACUCUGCUUUUAGCCUGUCAUUAGGAAAAGAAGAUAAAAACCCCCCAAACCCCAACACUAAACCCAGCCCUGUAGAUGCUUAAAAACCUCCAGAAACACCUGACAGUUCAAAGGAACUUGAAGAUGACACUGUGUUAUAACUACUUGAGCUGAAAUUGUGGCUAGGAACGAGACCAAGAGACUGGCAAGGCCCAGGCGUGCUCUCGGCUGUCCCAGGGAAGCAGGGGCUGCCUGGAGUGAUCCCCCCCUUUGCCAUCUGACACGGACACAAUACCUACCUCAGAGAGGUGCGCCAGGUGUCUUUGAAACACAAGUGGAAGAUCCAUAUUUAUUGUCUGCCUUGACUUUGGGGAGCAACCCUUAGAUUUUAGCUUUGUGUCCUGGAUGGAUUUCUCAAAGUGUGUGAAACCUUUUCCUUUUUUUUUUUUUUUUUUUUUUCUCCUGGUAUUUCUCAGUUGCAGUAUUUGAAAAAUGAGCUUUAUUUAAUCCAGAGUGUUGAGCUUUGCUAGAUCAUGUUUGCAUUGGGAAUCUGCUACCAGGGAAUCAGUUCCCUUGGAGGGAGACGUGUCACUAUCACUGCUUGGAUGUUCUCUUUUGUUGCCUAGAAAAUAAAAUCUCUUUGGAUAAAAAAGA